AUGACUGAAGUGGAGCCCGUUUUGGACUUCGCCACGUCGGGCCGCUCGGGGAGGAGGAACGCCCUGCCAGACAUCCUGGGCUCCCCCGCCGGAGUCAACCCGGGCGACCUGCCACUCAAGCUGGGCGAGAUGUCCCUCCAAGACGGACCGGGAGGAGCCCAAUCCCCCGCGUCGGAGGAGGGGGCCGUCCCAGCGGAGAGCUCCCAGACUAAGGAUGGGUCGUAG